UACCGCCACAGCGACAACCGCCGCCGUUUGAUAGGUGAGUGUCCGUCCGCCGGGCCCCGGAGCCUGACAAAGACCCGGUCCGGUUUACACACCCGGAACAGAGGACGCCUCUAGAAGCCGUAGGCUCGGAACAGUGCCUGUGAGACCCGGUAGUACCGAGCUGAGCCCACCGAACCAACCCAGCUACUAUCAGAGUCCCCUCUACAGCCCCGAGAGCCGGACACCGGCAGCUGCGAUCCGUCAGCCCCGCAAACCGGAGGAUAUCUGCCGCUAGCAGACCUCGAGCUAACAGCACCAUGCCCUCCUCCCGCUGAACCGAACCGGCGGACGAAGCGACACCCUGUUGCACACCGCGGAGCUAACGUUGUAGCGUCCGGUCACCGCUCACCCUCCGUGGAGCGGCCGAGGAUGGUCGCGGGGACAGGGUCCGUUACGGAGGCUCGUUCCGGCUUUGCCCGCCUCGCUGGACCCGAACACUGCGGGACUCGGUUCAUGUAGCCGGGCCAACGGAACGAGUUGGUCCCGCUGCGGUGCUCUGGGCCCGCUGCAGGGUUCCUGCUCUCGGCCCAGGCUGCAGACAUGCAGGCCGCCCAGCUGCAGUACGACUUCUUCAGCGAAGACAACGCUAGCAAGUGGAGAGGCCUGCUGGUUCCGGCCCUGGAGAAGGUGUUGUACCAGGUGCAUCCAAACCUGAAGUCCCAGCUGGAGGCUCUGCAGUACAUCGAGGAUCUGAUCCUGCAGCUGCUCAGCAUGUUGUGUCAGGCUCAGCCACGCACAGUGCAGGACGUGGAGGAGCGAGUUCAGCGAAGUUUUCCUCACCCCAUCGACAAGUGGGCGAUCGCUGAUGCUCUUGCUGCACUCGAGAAGAAGAAAAGGAAGAACCCGCUGGCCCUUCCUGUCGAAAAGAUCCACCCCCUGCUGAAGGAGGUUCUGGGCUAUAAGAUCGACCACCAGGUGUCAGUUUACAUGGUGGCUGUCCUGGAGUACAUCUCAGCCGACAUCCUCAAGCUGGCGGGAAACUACGUGAGGAACAUCCGCCAUUUUGACAUCACCAAGCAAGACAUCACUGUGGCCAUGUGUGCCGACAAGGUGUUGAUGGACAUGUUCCACCAGGACGAGGAGGACAUUAGUCUUUUACCUCUUUUGGAUGAGGAGCCAUUGGCCAAUGAGGAACAGAGUUACUAUGACCUAGUGAGGAGCUUCAUGGCGGACAGCCGGCAGUACCUGAGGCAGCUCAACCUGCUCCUCAGGGUGUUCAGGGAGCCCUUCAUCUCCAGCCCCAUGCUCUUCUCGCAGCACGAGGUGGACAGCAUCUUCAGCCGGAUCGUAGAUAUCCAUGAGGUGACGGUAAAGCUGCUGGGUCUGAUUGAGGACACUGUGGAGAUGACGGAUGAAGGAAGCCCUCAUCCUCUGGUGGGCAGCUGCUUUGAAGACUUGGCUGAGGAGUUGGCCUUUGACCCCUAUGAGACUUACGCUCAGGACAUCCUGCGUCCUGGUUUCCAUGAACACUUCCUGAGCCAGGUGACCAAACCAGGAGCUUUGCUCCACCUGCAGUCCAUCUGUGUCGGUUUCAAAGAAGCUGUUCGGUAUGUUCUGCCCAGACAGCUGCUCACUCCUGUUUACCACUGUCUGCACCUGUUUGAGAUGCUCAAGCAACUGGAGGAGAAGAGUGAGGAUGAGGAGGAUAAGGAGUGUCUGAGGCAGGCUAUCACAGCUCUGCUCAACCUGCAAUCCAGCAUGGAGAGGAUCUGCUCCAGGAACCUGGCCAAGAGGAGGCUCAGUGAGUCAGCGUGUCGUUUCUACAGCCAUCAGAUGAAGGGAAAGCACCUGGCCAUCAGGAAGAUGAAUGAGAUCCAGAAGAACAUCGACGGCUGGGAGGGGAAGGAUAUCGGCCAGUGCUGCAACGAGUUCAUCAUGGAAGGCACGCUGACUCGUGUUGGCGCCAAACAUGAGCGCCACAUCUUCCUUUUUGACGGACUCAUGAUCUGCUGCAAGUCGAACCACGGGCCACCACGGCUGCCCGGCGCCGGCUCCACGGCCGAGUAUCGCCUCAAAGAAAAGUUCUUAAUGCGCAAAGUCCAGAUCAACGACAAGGACGACAAGGAGGGCGAAUACCGGCACGCCUUCGAGAUUAUCCUGAAGGAUGGGAACAGCGUGGUGUUUGCUGCCAAGUCUGCUGAAGAGAAGAACGGCUGGAUGGCGGCGCUGAUCUCACUGCAGUACCGCAGCACGCUGGAGCGCAUCCUGGACAAAGCUCUGCUGCAGGAGAAGGAGGAGCAGAUGAAGCUGCCGUCGGCUGAGGAGUACAGCUUUGCCGAGCCUGACUCUGAAGAGAACGUGGUGUUCGAGGAAAACAUCCAGUCCAAGUCUGGGAUUCCCAUGAUCAAAGCGGGGACUGUUCUAAAACUGAUUGAGAGGCUGACCUACCAUAUGUACGCAGAUCCGAACUUUGUCCGGACCUUUCUAACCACCUACAGGUCUUUUUGUAAACCUCGGGAGCUCCUGGACCUGCUCAUGGAGAGGUUUGAGAUCCCAGAGCCAAGGUCGACUGACACGGAUCAGAUGGAGGAAGGAGAGCAGCUUCUUAGCGCAGACCUGAAACGUUUCCGGAAAGAGUUUGUUCAGCCAGUUCAGCUCAGAGUUCUGAAUGUGUGUCGUCACUGGGUGGAGCAUCACUUCUAUGACUUUGAAAGAGACCCUCACCUGCUGAGUCAACUAGAGGAUUUCAUUGCUUCAGUCAGAGGUAAGGCCAUGAGGAAGUGGGUGGAGUCCAUCACUAAGAUCAUCCAGCGGAAGAAGCAGGUUCAGGCGAACCUUCCCAAUCACAGUAUCACCUUCCAGAACUCUCCUCCACCCAUCGAAUGGCACAUCUGUAAACAAGGAAACACUGAGCAGUUCGACCUCAUGACUCUUCAUCCCAUCGAGAUCGCCCGCCAGCUUACUUUACUUGAGUCCGACUUCUACAGGGCGGUGCAGCCAUCGGAGCUAGUCGGCAGCGUCUGGACCAAAGAAGACAAAGAGCUCCACUCUCCCAACCUGCUGAGGAUGAUCCGACAUACCACUAACCUCACGCUGUGGUUUGAAAAGUGCAUCGUAGAAACGGAGAAUUUAGAGGAAAGAGUCGCUGUCAUUUCUCGGAUCAUUGAGAUCUUGCAAGUUUUUCAAGAACUCAAUAACUUCAAUGGAGUUCUAGAGGUUGUCAGUGCCAUGAACUCCUCACCUGUCUACAGACUGGACCACACCUUUGAGCAAAUCCCAAGUCGACAGAGAAAAAUCCUGGAAGAAGCUCAUGAGCUGAGUGAAGAUCACUACAAGAAGUAUUUAGCCAAACUGCGCUCCAUCAACCCUCCCUGUGUCCCGUUCUUUGGAAUCUAUCUCACCAACAUCCUGAAGACGGAAGAGGGAAACCCCGACUUCCUGCGCAGACACGGCAAAGACCUGAUCAACUUCAGCAAGAGGCGAAAAGUUGCAGAGAUCACCGGAGAAAUCCAACAGUACCAGAACCAGCCAUACUGCCUGAGUGUUGAGACCGACAUCAGGAAGUUCUUCGAGAACCUGAACCCAAUGGAGGACAUGUCAGAGAAGGACUUUGCUGAUCAUCUGUUUAACAAGUCUUUGGAGAUUGAACCUCGAAACACGCGAUCAUUGCCUCGUUUUGUGAAGAAGUACACCUGUCCUCUGAAGUCCCCAGGGAUCCGACCGACAUCUGCACGGCUCGGCACCAUGAGACAUCCCACACCUCUGCAGAAUGAGCCCAGGAAGAUCAGCUACAACCGGGUCACAGAUAGCGAGUCUGAGGGGGGCGUGGUCUCUGCUCCGAACUCCCCUCGCACACCGCUGACUCCACCCCCAGCCUCUGCCGCAUCCAGCUCCACUGAUGUAGGCAGCGUGUUUGACUCGCCUCAGGGUCCCAGCAGCCCUUUCCAUUCAACCUGCGACAGCAUAUUUGCUGUUAUCUCUCUGCCUCACGGCCCACGAUCCUCCUCAGUCUCCUCAAUGAUGAGUUUCAGUCGGACUUCAGAGGACACAACCAUUCCCCCUCCUGUUCCUCCACGCAGAAGACCAGAAUCAGCUCCUUCUGAGUCUUCCCCCUCCAAGAUCCAGUCAAAGUUGGAAAGCCCCCCUGCUGUGCCGCCUCGGCAGCCCACUUAUCGGUUCUCCUGCAGUAGGUCUUGCCUCUACCUGCUGGUUGCUGAUCAGACGUUUUGCUCAUUCAUCUUCAAAGGAUGGCUCCGCCCCCAUCAGAGAUAUCGUACCACGUUCUCAGGAAAUCUUUCACCUGGGCUUCCCAACUACGUUCUCAUCAAGAAGCGACCAAUUUUCUGAACAAUGUUCUUCAGUACCAGUAGAGAAGCACCCUCAUUAGAAUGCAUCAAUAUCCCCUUUUCCGCUGGCUCGUUUUAGCCGGCGUGACUCCGCUCUACUCGGUUUCGCUUUACUCUGUACGGUACCAGUUGUGUUUACACUGACCCGCCAACGGCUGAAGCUAUGGCGACUGAAGCCCCGCCUCCAGCCAUGAGUGUAGAACGCUGUGCUGCUGUUAACUACUGUGUGACAUUGUCUCAUUAAAAUAAUCUGUGUGAAACAAUAAAAAACCUAAAUAAACUAAAUAUUAUUAAUGUUCAUAUCAUUGGAUAUGUAAGAAUGUCUUAUAUGUGUGUUUUAUGUAUAAAAUGAUCCACUGUGAUAAUUAUCUGGACCACAGCCCAGCCAGAACUUAUAAAAUAAGGCUCAGAGGUUCUGAUGUGAGGGAGGGGGUUUCAGAUGAAGCAGGGAGGAGAGAUGCUGCUGUCUGGAUGGUGAAGCUCCAAAGUUUGCCUGAAGAACAUUUUGGGCUUUAUGAGGAAGUUCUUGUCUCAUCCAUGGCAAUAAUGAGGGCCAGGAAGCCCAGAACCACAGACUCCUGACCGUGGGGAAGUCAGUUUUAGGUUGGAUGUUGGAUCUUCGUGUUCCAUAGAUUCAGCAGGUCUUCCUCCCGUUUGACCCGAUGCAGACAAUCUGAUUACGGGCAGCUGCUCUCUGCCUGCUCCCUCCUCCUGCUGAUGCUGGUUCUCUGAAGGACCGUCAAUAGAUGUCAGAACCAAACCCGAUGUUUCAUGGUGGUUUGUUUGUGCGUCUGAUCAGCUGGUUUAGGAUGUUAUUAACUACAGCGCCCCCUACCUGCGUGUCAUUCAGAAAGCUGAUGUGUCCUUUUUCUUUUCUUUCAGUCUUCAGGCUGGUUUAUGAUUAGUAAAUAGUUCAAUUAUAUUUGGGUUUGACCCGCUCCGGCCAUUGUGGUCCUUAAUAUUAUUGUAGUUCCUCUUGAGUUUUAUUUACUUCUCCCUGCUCUGCCUCUUGGAAAAC